UCUCUUCUCAAAUCGUCGUCGUUAUUAUCUGGGUUUGGGAUUUACUUGAUUGCAUUUCCCAAAACACCCUCCUCAUCUUUUCUCAACAACCAAUCCAUCCGUCCGUCCAUAAAUCCUCCUCUUCCUUCCUUCCUUCCAUUACCCUGCUCUAUCUUCAUCAAAUUCAUUCUAAUUCAAUUUUAUUUAUCAGUAUUUUUUCUUCAAAAUCACAAUAAAAGAAGAAGAAGAUGGCGAUGCGGGAGCUUGUAACGGGAGGAGCAGCUUGUGCGGUUCCAGGUUCUUCUUCUUCAUCUAAUCCUUUCGGUGCUCUCGCCAACGCUCUUAUCGGUUCCUCUUCUAAGACGCGGGAAAGGGUAAAGGAAAUCCCAACCUCAACAACCACAGGUACAGAGCCUCCUUUCUACCAGGAUGCCACAGCUGAGGACCGUUUGAGAGCACUUCCAGGAGACGACUUUGAUCACUCCUUUUCUCAUCAUCCCACUCCUCAGAGUUCAGAGUUUCUUCGUGGCUUUCGCUCUGCUGAUCAGAAUGGAUUUGCUGAUGCCUGGGAAGAUAUUCAUCGCUCUGGUCCUCCUCCUCCCCCUGCUCUAUUGGAUCACCGCUUACCUCCUCCUCAAUUCCAACCAACUCUCGAAGGACCACCCCAAAGAGUGUUGUCAAACUUUUUGCACUCCUUUGUGGGCAGUAGCCAUGGUGGAAUUCCAUUUCGUCCUGCUCCACUACCAGCAUUGGGAUUGUCUGAAGGUGACAAACAAUGCAUACGUGAUCGUAGCAGCAUAAUGGCCCGACAUUUUUUUGCUGAUAAGAGUGAAGAUUUUAUCAAUGCACAGGUGAAUGCACUUCUGUCUUCAUUAGAUAUUGAUGGUGAUGUGCGGGCUAAGGGACCUUUAGCUGGCAGAUUCCGAGAGCUAGAGGAUUACUGGAAUGAGUCUCAAGGUGCUCUGAGACCUGGUCCUCCUCAAUCUGAUGGAUGGGUUGCAGAAUUUAGCCAACACAGAAUAGACCAUGGUGAUCCUAAUGCUUGGGCUCACUCGUUUGAACAGCAGCAUGGUGCUAAUAGUUGGGCCUCUGAGUUUGAGCAGGAACAACGAUUGGUCUCAGCAGCAGAUCAAAUGGGAGGUGCAAAUAUCUCAAACUUAGCUGCAAUGGAGCAGACUCGUAUGCUAGCGCACACACUAGCUCAAAACAACGACCCCAAAUUUCAGAAUUCUAAGUUUCUUCAAUUUGUCUCAAAGAUGAGUCGUGGAGAACUUAUUAUUGAUGAUAAUCAAGUCAAGCCAGCUGCACUGUCUUCAUCAGGAGAUUGGGCAACAGAAUAUCAGCAACAAUAUACUGCAGGUCCUUCCUGGGUUGAUGAAUAUGCAGGCAAUCAGCUUUCUCAUGGACCUGAUCAAUGGGCGAAAGAGUUUGCAGCUGAAAGAGAGCAAAGUGGACCUGUUGAUGAACAGUGGGUAAAUGAAUUCUCAAAGUUGCAUGUUAAUGACUGGGCAGACGAAUUUGGACGGCAGGUUGGAGAAGGGGCUUUUGGAGAGAGUUCAGAUGAUAAUUGGGCAGAUGCAUAUGAUGAGUACCUAAAUGAGCAAGUAGUUGCCAAGCAGAAGUCAGAUGCUUCAAGGGGCGUUUAUGUGUUUUCAGACAUGAAUCCUUAUGUUGGUCAUCCGAACCCUUUGAAAGAAGGCCAGGAACUAUUCCGCAAGGGGCUUUUGAGUGAAGCAGUGCUUGCUUUAGAGGCUGAAGUUUUGAAAAACCCAGAUAAUGCUGAAGGUUGGAGGCUGCUUGGAAUAGCACAUGCAGAGAAUGAUGAUGAUCAACAGGCUAUUGCAGCCAUGAUGCGUGCUCAUGAGGCUGGUCCUACAAAUCUUGAAGUUCUUCUUGCUCUAGGCGUGAGCCAUACAAAUGAGUUGGAGCAGGCAGCUGCAUUGAAAUAUUUAUAUGGAUGGCUACGACAUCAUCCAAAGUAUGGAACUCUUGCCAAUCCAGAGCUUUCUGAUUCUUUGUAUUAUGCAGAUGUUGCUAGAUUAUUCAAUGAAGCUGCUGAGAUGUCACCCGAGGAUGCUGACGUGCACAUAGUACUUGGUGUCCUGUACAAUUUGUCACGGGAAUAUGACAAAGCCAUUUCUUCUUUCCAGAGAGCGUUGAAACUCAAGCCUCAGGAUUACUCUCUUUGGAACAAGCUUGGUGCAACACAAGCCAACAGUGUUCAGAGUGCUGAUGCGAUAUUGGCUUAUCAGCAGGCACUUGAUCUGAAGCCUAACUAUGUUCGAGCAUGGGCGAACAUGGGAAUCAGUUAUGCAAACCAGGGUAUGCAUGAGGAUUCCAUCCGUUACUAUGUUCGGGCACUUGCUAUGAAUCCCAAGGCAGAUAAUGCUUGGCAAUAUUUGAGAAUUUCUUUAAGCUGUGCUUCUAGGAAUGACAUGUUUGAAGCUUGUGAUUCUCGAAAUAUUGAUGUUCUACAGAAGGAGUUCCCACUAUAAUAUGUUUAUUUGUGUCAGCAUUUAAUGAAUAAUAGGGUCAAUGAAGCUCUGAUGGGAUUCCAAAGCCUUCCCGUUUGUGCCAUUAAAAGGCUACGAACGCUCAUGGGAGGAUGCGCGGUGCUUGAAACUCAUGUAUGGAUUAUUGGAGCUGUCGCUGAAGAUUACUCUGUUUAGGAAGUUGGAAAAUCAUAAAUGGAUUAUUGGAGCUAACUCAAACAAAUACUUAAUUUUUUUGUAUUAUUGUAUAAAUUUGAAACCCAGUACCUGGGUAUAACUCAUGAUUCUUAAGCACUGGGAUAAUUAAAACCAGGAACGAAAAUAAAUACAAUGCAAGUGCAUGAUCUUACUCAA